AUGAUGUACGAACAGCAAUCGGUGAAGAGAACAACGUAUAGUAAUGAUUCGAAUUCGAUAGAGGAAACUGAGAGACUUGAAAUAGUUAACUUGAGUGGCUUGUCAUUAGACUCUCUUCCUAACCCUUCUCUCGAGUUAGCUUCCAUUUGCAAGUUAGACCUAUCCAACAACAAUCUUCAGAAUAUUCCGGAAUCAUUGACGGCGAAAUUGGUGAACACGGUGGUGUUGGACGUGCACUCAAACCAGCUGAGAACCCUCCCAAACUCCAUUGGGUGCCUCUCAAAGCUCAAGAUUCUGAAUGUCUCUGGCAACCUCAUCCAAUACCUCCCGAAAACACUAGAGAAUUGCAGAGCCUUAGAAGAUUUGAAUUUAAACUUCAACAAGUUGAUUCAGUUACCAGAAAACCUAGGGUUUGGGCUAAUAAACCUCAAGAAACUAUCAAUCAACUCCAACAAACUUCUCUCCCUUCCACGCUCCAUUUCUUAUCUCAUAUCUCUCAAGAAUCUCGACGCACGUCUCAACUGUCUCAGAUCUCUCCCGGAAGAUCUCGAGAAUCUCAUCAACCUUGAAACCCUAAACGUGAGUCAGAAUUUUCAUUUCUUGGAUACCAUCCCCUACUCCAUAGGACUUCUGUUGUCCCUCGUUGAACUCGACAUCAGCUACAACAAGAUCAAAUCCUUACCAGACUCCAUUGGUGGUCUCACUAAGCUUCAAAAACUAUGUGUGGAAGGGAACCCUCUUACUUCACCACCACCGGAAGUUAUGGAGCUAGGACUGCAUGCAGUGAAGGAGUAUCUCGGAAACAAGAUGAACGCUGCUAAUCAGAGUCCGACUAAGAGUCCAACUAAGAAGAAGUCGUGGGUUGGACGUUUGGUUAAGUAUGGAACCUUCAAUGUCAGAAAUGCACCUCGUGAAGAACGUGAAGCUUUCAUCGUCUCAGAUGAUGAUAGAUCUAUCGAUAGUGUUGCUACUUCUCGCCACACGGGGAUGUUUUCCCCGCGUCGUCUCUUCUCCGGUCGGAAUUACUUUAGCCAUUGA